AGGUCCCUCCCCAGCCUCCUACUACUAAUCUUUCCUAAUUUCAUUCGACCUAAAAUCCCUCACUAUGGCUUGUAAGGCAUUACUAUUAUUGUUUGUGCUCCUAUUGGUAACGGGAACAGAAGGGAGGGUAGUUCGGGUUUCGAACAGUAAAGAUGCUGAAAGCGAAGAGCUUUUGAAACGGUUGGGAUACAACGUUUCUGAACUAAAGCGUCUUGGAGAGAUUUCAGCACGAAGUGAAAUAAACAGAUUUUCUCCGGGAGGGCCAGACCCUCAACAUCACUCUUAUUCUUUGUCUUCAAAGCCAUGAUUUGAUCAGAGUUUGUGUUGACACUUGUCAUGUAUGAUAUUGUUAUCAUUUCAAAGUCAAAAUAUCAUAGAAUCUAUGGUCAUCGUGAUGUUUAAAAAUCUUUUAAGAUGUACGAUCGAGGCUCUCCUGAAGUGUUCUUGUAAAGUUUAAAGAAUUGUACCCAUAUUUUU